UUUCUGUGUGUUCGAUUGUGUACUAAAGUAUAGUAUGGUUCUGUCUAUUUAAAAUUGUGAAUCUAAAAAAAUUUUUUAAUAAAUUUACAAAAGUUUGCUGUGUUAGAACUUAAAGAGAAGACGACUGUACAAAGUUCGCGAUGGCUGCACUGAACAAUAUUAAGUAUAUUAAAUUACUAACAGUGCUGCCAUCAAAAUAUUGUCCACGUCUGAAUUCGAGAAGAAAUCUAAACCUACAAGAAUAUCACAGCAAAGAUUUGUUAAGGCAAAAUCAAGUUUCUAUUCAAGACUUUGUAAUUCUUGAUAACUCUUUGGAUACUAAAGCUCUCGCAGGUUUUAAAGCGAAGGAAUACGUAAUUAAAGCUCAGAUCUUAGCUGGAGGCCGGGGCAAAGGUCAUUUUGAUAAUGGUUUCAAGGGAGGAGUGCAUCUGACUAAGAAUCCUGAUGAUAUUUUGAAAUUAGCGAAAAAUAUGAUUGGGCGUAAAUUAAUCACAAAACAGACUCCGAAAGACGGCAUCCUUGUAGAUAAGGUAAUGGUAGCAGAGAGUGUUAAUAUUAAAAGAGAAACAUAUUUAAGUAUUCUGAUGGAGAGAAGUUACAAUGGUGCAGCCUUGGUUGCAUCCCCAGCUGGUGGUAUGGACAUAGAAGCUGUAGCUGAAAAAACUCCUCACUUAUUGAAAACUAUCCCCAUUGAUAUUUAUGAAGGUAUCACGGACAGCAUGGCUAAUGAGGUUGCUGAAUUUUUAGAAUUUCAAGGUCCUUUGAAAUCAAAAUGUGCUGAAGAAAUAAAGAAAUUGUGGCAACUAUUUUUGAAGGUUGAUGCUACCCAGCUUGAAAUCAACCCCUUAGUUGAAACUGAUGAUGGAAGAGUUGUUGCAGUUGAUGCAAAAAUAAAUUUUGAUGACAAUGCGAAAUUCAGACAAGAAGCCAUAUUUGCCCUUGAUGAUGUUUCAGAAACAGAUCCUCGUGAAAGAGAGGCUGCAUCUUGGAACCUAGUUUAUAUUGACAUGGAUGGCAGCAUUGGAUGUAUGGUUAACGGCGCUGGUCUGGCCAUGGCUACAAUGGAUCUGAUUAAUUUGAAUGGUGGAAGGCCUGCAAACUUCUUAGAUCUGGGUGGUGGAGUCGGCCAGUCUCAAGUCUCAGCUGCUUUAAAGAUACUCGAAUCUGACCCCAAAGUGAAAACUGUAUUUGUGAAUGUGUUUGCUGGUAUCGUCAGCUGUGCUACUGUUGCUAGCGGAAUAGUUGCAGCAUGCAAGGAAAAUCCUCCAAAAUAUCCACUAGUCAUUAGACUGGAAGGUACCAAUUCAGAUAUUGCGAUGAAAAUUCUAAAGGAAUCGGGAUUACCAAUGACAAUCAUAAAUGAUGCUGACGAAGCAGCAAAAACAGCUGUCAAGCUAGCACAAUAAAAUAUAAAUAAAAAUACUAAACUAGUUAGCUUAAGUCUAGUGUUGACAAUCAAUCAAAAAGAUGUUGUACCAAAGACAGGUUUUAAAGGA